AAACCAUAUUCGACGGUCAACAAGGGAGAUUGCAGGGAACAGCAAGAACAGCGACGGUCAACAAGAAAGACAAGGAAAACCACGAGAGGAACACAAGAUGGGACAAAGCAACUCAUCGAACAAACGAAACCAUCAACAACAACAACAGACAACUACUACCAAAACACGCAGCCAGGAACAAGGAAACCAUCAUCUUCAAGAUAACCGACGACACCACUCAUCAAUCUUCCAAUCGAUCAAAAGAAGGAGGAGGAACUCACUCAGAACACCAAGAACCGCAUCCUGGAACCCAUUCAGAUCGAUCUCCAAUCGAACAACAUCCACCAGAAGACCUCACUCAACCCACCUCGAUCUACUUCAUUCAGAGAUCCGACCGGCCAGCCCGUCUAUCGCCAAUUCACCCAUCCAAGCUGACCAUCAUCAACCCAACACCGACAAUCAACAGCUCCCAGAACCAGAUCACCCUCCACCAACUCAACCCUCGUCACCAAUCCCAGCCGACCCAAGUCCAGUAGAGGUAUCUCAAUCUGCCGAUGCCCCUACUCCUCUUCCCGAAAACGAGCCAAGCCCCACCGCCGAUCAACCAUCAUCACCAGUAGGAAAUCAAAUACCAGCCAGAAGGAUAUAUGUCCAAGGCAUGGUAGUCGUCCGUAACGUCAAUGAGCCUCCGAUCAACUCCGCAACCCCCGUGGAUCCCAUUCAGCCUCAUCCUCAGCCAUCCGAUUCCGUCUCACCCGUUCAGACUCCCCACUCAAACCACCCCGAUCACAUUGAGCCUGACUCGUCCGAUAAUCGAUCUAGCCAUUCAGCAGAAGAUCCACCCUCACAACCUGACCCAUCCCCUUCAGAAACCCAUCUGCCACAUCCUCCAGAAUCCACCGAAUCGCCUACCGCCUUGACAUCUCCUCAUUCGAUCUUGCCAUCACAAGUACAGCUCGAACAAGCCACGAUGAUAUCCAGGUUGCUCUCUGCCGCCGCCGCCGCCACAGCCUCGUCACUUCUUCCCUAUGCUAUUCACGCUGAUGGCACAUCAAUUCAAAACCCCGCUAACCACCAGCCACCCAACUCUCGCCCUCGAUCUGCCUCCCAUCCAACCGAUUUACCCGCCUCAUCUGCACGGAUCCACCAAGCUUCACCCGCUGAGAGCCAUCCCCCCAACCUAAACCAAGAGAACUCUGAUACCGAACAUGAGGCCCAUGCUGGACUACAAACCACGCUUCGUGAUGCGCUCAGGGCUGCAUUCGGAGGUGCUCUCGUCAACGCUAGUACCGAGCCGUCGCCCCAUCAAAGCCCUCGCUCCUCCGCUUCCUCACCGCACGCCAGUAAUAGUGACCAACAGUCGCUAACCCUCCCGGCCCCAGCAUCACCCUCAUCACCCUCAUUGUCUUCUCAAUCAGCCAGUAGCCCGCUCACUGAACCGAUUUCCACCCAUACUGGCGCGACUCCGUCACCUCCCACCCCUCGCAGGGCGGAAUCAACCGGCUCCAGGAUUAUGCAGCGACUUGGACUUCCAAUUCGUCGCCGUUUGACCGACCAUUCAUCUUCUUCUCCUACCACACCAAUACCCUCUGAUCCAUCUCAAGAAAUCCCCGUUACCACUUUCGACAGUCCCAUUCCACCCGAUUUGGACCCGAAUCACUCCGAUCGGGGAGGGUUCGAACGCUUCUUGAGAGACCUCCAAACCGAUGUGGGCCACGCGAUCUUAGUGGCUCUGGGGGCACAACAACCAGCACCUGUCAAUCAAGAAGUGCUAGACGAGCGCAUCCGAUUGGCUAGCGAAUUGCCUUUUGCCGAGGGGCAGGAGGGGGAACCACACGAGGCUGAUAGGCUCGAUGGCGGAGAGGGUGCUGGUCCUGGCGAUCAACCCGACUCGCAACUCUCGUUCAACUUCUUUAGGAUGCAUCGUUUCGAAGACAUUCACCCCCCGGCGCAAGCCGGAAAUGGAAACGGCCCUACAACGACGGAUGACGCGAAUGGAAGUCCGGCGUUAAUUCCGGUCUUACUCGUCGGCGUCCGCUCUGCCCCUCCGAACCCGUUACUGGGUGCGCUCGAACGAAUCGCGGCUCCGGUGUCUGCUGCCGAGACCGGUGGGGAAGGCGCAGACGAAGCCGACUCCGGGCCGGGGGUGUCUACGGACUCCGUUGAGGACGAUAGAGAGAGUGCAGCUGUAUGGGAAGAUGAAGUGGACGAGGAUCGGUCGACUCACUCAGCUUUGCCACCGACAGAAAGACGAGGGUCCUUCGGCAGUCUCGACGAGGGGUCUAUCGGCUUGAGACGGAUCUUCCAGGACCAGAGCGAGGAUUCCUUCGAGGCCUGGUCGGACGAUAAUGAUGAUGGUGGGCAAGACACCGUCGAUCCGUCUGCUGAGCGUCCGCCUGUCGACCCCACCGCCGUACCUCCUCCGCCUCCUUCCGCCUUCAUCCCGGAUACCCUCAGCAGUCCCCCACACCGUUCUUGGCUCAUCUUCGUCCUUGCCGGACUAUACCCCGAAUCGCAUCCGAUCUUCACCGCUCCUUCCCUCUUCAUUCCUCACGGCCUCCACUCAACCAAUUCUACUCAACCCAAUGAUCCUCCUUCGACCUCGACGAUGGAAGGAAGAGAAAUAGGAUCAGAGUCAGAAGAAGGAGACGGUAAUCGGACCGGCUUGAUUAGUCGUUUACGAGGCACUCGUCCUAGUCAAGGAGAUCAUCAGCAAGAAGGAGGAGGGGGACGCACGAGACCGGAUUUGAUAGAAGACCAGUUAUUGGAUUAUGAGGCGAUGGUCCGAUUGGCUCAACUGAUCGGUCAUAAUACUCUUAAUUCUCCGUUCUUUGGUACGGCUACCAACAAACCUCCGAAUCUUGUCACCCUUACUCAGCAGGAAAUCGACAAUUCUCUCAAAUUUAAGAAAUUCUCGUUCGGUUAUCUGAAUGAUCAUCGUAAACAUUCUCCUCUUGUUUGUUCUGCUUCUUCUCAUUCGGUCGCGGAAGAUCUCGUUGGUUCCAGCGCCGUCGGUUCAGAUGAUCAUCCUCAGGAUGAUGAUCAUCAUCUUUCGGGUCAGGUCUUGGAUGGAUUCGAGUCUUUUGCUCUCGCCGAUCAUGUCGAUCUCAAUGGUGAUGAGGAGGAUUCAAUUUCAGUCCUCGAAAAUACAAUCGAAAAAUGUCUUAUUUGUUUAGAUGAGUAUGAUGAUGAAGAUCAAGUUCAAAUCUUGGAAUGUAAACAUAUGUUUCAUAAACCAUGCGUUGAUCAUUGGUUAACCAAAUGUGUGGCCUCUUGUCCUGUUUGUCGUCGACCAGCUGUUUGUUAAAGUAUAACAUCUUACACACGAGUAUACAAGAACUUCUGCAGUGUCUUGGGAUGAGCUUGUGGCCAGCUCAUCUUCUUACAUUAGCACACUGUUUCUCUCCUCUUUUUUCAUACUUCUCUCCUCUUACUAUUGAUCUUCAUAGGCCUUUUGUUUCACUUCACUUUGUGUACUGACUUUCAGCUUUCACCUCUCUACUUGAUGCUGUACUUCUUUUUUUUUUCUAACUAUUGCAACCAGUUUCUCCCAUGUUGUUUGUUGUUGUUUUUGUUAUGUGUUUUGUAUCUAUGUAUGAUGUACUUUUUUUUCUUUUUCAGUGUUGUAGUAUUCAUGGCUGGGAUAUUAAUAAAUAAACAUAUACUCAUAUCAAAGCUUCUAUCUCUCUCUCUCUCUUUCUCUCUUGUUGAUGCUUGUUUGGUCUGAAAAUCAAUCAUGUGCUCUGUCCUUUGUAUUGCUGAUUUGACUAUUUUUUUUUCUAAAUCAAUCACACAAGAAAUGUGCAACUGGAUGACUUCCUGUUGCGGUUGAGAAACAACCCUCCCAGAAUUUAAUUCACACCCCGUAGAUCUUAAUUUCUGGUAUCAAAAAUUGUUUUUUCACAAGCCUCGUGAAG